GCGGGUGACGGUGAAGGGGCGGGCCCUAAGGCAGCGAAGGGUAAGGGCAAGGGCAAGCUCUUGCAGCAGCAGGCCGCCCUCGAGGAGCAGCUAGAGGCCGUCAUCAAGGGAGGCGGCUCCGAGCAGGCGAAGGCGGCCCAGGCGCUGUUGGAUGCGACUCGUGCUGCAGGAAAGAAGGCGGAGUCGGCGCAACCCACCACUCAGCAGGUGACGGCGGCGGCGUCGAAGGUGCAGAAGGCCCAGACGGCGUCCGACAAGGCGCAGUCUCAGCAGCUCAAGUUGACGAUGGAGCUUGAGAAGUGCAAGACUACCUUGCAGGAGUUCAGUAAUGCAGAUGGGCUCAUUCCCCCAUCGGACGUCGCUGAGUUGGACAAGCGUAAGAAGGCGGUGAUGGAGGCGCUGAUGCACACCCUGCGUACCACCUUCGGCGAGGCUCAUGACAAGCUGAAGGAGCAUAGGGAGAAGCUCGCGGAGAUGCGCGAGAAGAUCACCAAGAAGCGCAGGGCGACGCCGCUGCGCAGGCUGCGGGCCAGGCGCCUGCGGUGCCUGCAGCGGCUGCGGCGCCAGCGGCCGCCCCUGGUGGGGAUGCGCCCGCAGCGGCGACCGCUCCUGGAGCACCUGAUGCAGUGGAGGGGCGAGCCCGCCUUUACCACGUGCAAGUUCGACCCCUACCUGUUCGUCUUCAAGGCUGGCUACAUUGGCAUGCUCUCUGCGGCUUACGAGUCGAAUGGUAAGUCCAAGGCAGGAGGCAUCACCAUGGGCACCCUUAAGAAGUACAAGGUUCAGUCGAUGCGCCACCUAGCUUCUUCGCCCUCGGAUCGGGUCGGGUUGCGAGAUUUGGACCGCGGUCCGAAGGACCAGCCUGGCAUUGAUUUUCGGGACAUGGUGGCUAUGCAGCUGAGGGCCCAAGGCCAGUCUUUGCUGAUUGUGGGAGUGUACAUGACCUCGUCGGUGGGCCCGGAGGCGAAUGCUGCUAAGUUGGUCAAUGUCGGCACUCUGGUUUCUACGAUCCAGGGGCCAUG